AUGGUUAUUAUUAAAGAUGAUCAGUUACCUCCAUUUAAACGGUUACUAGAAAGAAUUGAUCAGACAAUUCCGGGUAAAGAUGACUUACUUCGAAUCUUAUGGAAGAGAAACCUUAGCGACUCACCUGUGACAUAUAGACUCAAAACGGUGACUUAUGGUACUAAAAGUGCUCCAUUUUUAGCCAUUAAAUGCAUAAAGCAAGUUGCAUAUGACGAAAUGCAUAAAUAUCCUGAAGCUGCUAAAGCUGUCUUGUCAGACUGUUAUGUUGAUGAUGUCAUCUCUGGUUCAUCAAACUUAGACUCAGCAAGGGAAUUGAAAAAUCAGCUUAUACAGCUUUUUCAUAGUUGUGGAAUGACUUUGCACAAAUGGAACUCUAAUUCUCCUGAACUGUUGGAUAGCCCUUCUACAAGCUCUGAGCUUUCAUUCUCCUCCAAAAGUGAUAAUGUGGUUAAAGCUUUAGGCAUUACAUGGAAUUCUCAGAAGGAUGAAUUCAGCUUUAAAGUCUCAAUCAAGGAGAAAUCAUCAUAUACCAAAAGAGACAUUUUAUCAACAAUUGCCAGACUUUAUGAUCCUUUAGGACUGAUUGGUCCGGUAAUCACCAAAGCCAAGAUAUUUUUACAGAAAUUAUGGGUUCAAAAACUGAGUUGGGAUGAACCAUUUUUCGCAACUAUUUCUCACGAAUGGCAACAGAUAGUUUCAAAUUUAAAGGCUGUUGAAAACAUAAAAGUUAAUCGUUGCAUCCUCUCCAAUCAUCCAAGCAAGAUUUCACUCAUUGGAUAUGCAGAUGCUUCGGAAGCCGCUUAUGGUGCAGUUGUCUACUUAAUUUGUGUCGAUGAAGAUCACGGCUCGUCAUCUCAUCUACUAGCCAGCAAAUCUCGUGUGGCUCCAUUGAAAACUUUAUCUAUUCCAAGAUUGGAACUUUGUGCAUGUUUGUUAUUGGCUCAUCUGAUUUCGAAAGUUAGCAACUCAUUGAAGAUGCAUUUAGAUGACAUCAUUCUGUGCACUGAUUCAACGAUAGCACUGUCAUGGUUGAAGACUUCUCCUCAUCUUUUGAAGACCUUUGUUGCAAAUAGAGUCUCCAAAAUCCAAAGACUAGUAGAGCCGCGACACUGGAAGCACGUAUCAUCAGCAAAUAAUCCGGCAGAUCUGAUUUCUCGUGGUGCUUAUCCUCAUGAACUUGUGACAUCUUCCUUGUGGUGGAAUGGUCCUGAACAGAACGAACUUAGUGAUGCUUCUUUAUUUGAACUUGACAAGACUCUCAUAGAUUCUCCUGCUUAUCAGGAUGAACUUAAAAAACCUUUAGACGUUAAUUUGAACUGCAAUUUAAACUUGUUUCUGUCCAAUCUGAAAGGUCCAGUGAAGAAAACAGGCCCCAUUAGUAGCACUGAAUAUCAAGAUGCGGAAAUGCACUUGAUAAAAAUGGUUCAGGUAAUAGAAUUUGCAGAGGAGAUUAAAUCACUUCAAGAUCAGAGAGUAAUCAAAAGUCAG